UUUUACUUUCGGUUUAGUUUUUUUUUCGUUUCUUUUUUAGCAUCGGUUUAGUUUCUCUUUCUUAAUUGAGUGUAGGGAAGGAAAACUUGCGAGAAAACAGAGAGAAAAUUACAAAAAAGGGAGAAAGAAAGUGUCUGUUCGAUAAUCCCCUUCAGAUACAAGAAAGGAAACUCCUUUAAUUCACGAACCAUCUCGCUACAUUAAAAAUCUUAUCUUUAUCAAAGGGUUUUUGUUCAAUUCUUUGUUUGCGCAUUCCCAUCAGAUCUCUCCACUCCUCGAAGAUGAUAGAUUUCAGUCGAGUCCAAAAGGAGCUCCAAGAUUGCGAGAAGGACAAGGAUUCAUCGGGUAUCCGGGUCUGCCCGAAAUCCGAUAACUUAACCCGACUCACCGGAACCAUCCCUGGUCCAACCGGAACUCCUUACGAAGGCGGCACUUUUCAGAUCGAUAUCACGAUCCCAGAAGGGUAUCCUUUCGAGCCUCCAAAGAUGCAAUUUUCAACCAAAGUUUGAGUCUAUAUAUCUUCGUUGAUUCUUCUAAGGCACCCGAAUAUAAGUAGCCAAAGCGGUGCAAUAUGCUUGGAUGUUCUGAAAGAUCAGUGGAGUCCAGCUCUGACUUUGAAGACAGCUCUUGUUUCAGUCCAGGCUUUACUCUCUGCACCAGAGCCCAAAGAUCCUCAAGAUGCUGUUGUAGCUGAACAGUACAUGAAGAACUAUCAAGUGUUUGUAUCAACAGCUCGUUACUGGACCGAAACAUUCGCGAAGAACUCGUCUCUAGAGGAAAAAGUGAAGAGACUUGUGGAGAUGGGUUUUGGUGAUGCUCAGGUUAGGAGUGCAAUUGAAUCUAGUGGUGGAGAUGAGAAUGUGGCGCUUGAAAAGCUCUGUUGCGGUUAGAAUCUAUCAAACAGGCCUCAUUGGCGCUAGAUUAUGAAUAUUAAUUUGGUUUUUACAACUUUUGUGUAUGUGUUGCGUUUCUGCUCUUGCCUGCUCUGAUAAUGGGUGAAACUGCUUAUUAAAUGCAAUGCUAUUAUAUCCGUAAAACAAAAGAUCUUAUCUUGCAGAGAUCAUUGGGCAUGGAGUGUGUCAGGUUUAUUUCAAUGUUUUUUAGUUGAUAGAAUUGGUUGGUUUAGGACCUUAGGUG